CCUCUCCCCCCCCCCCCCCCCCCCCCCCCCCGAUCGAGCAGCGAAGAGCGGAUAAAAGCAAGAUGUCGAACUCGGACGGCACGGCGACCUGCAUCGACAUCAUCCUCGCCAUCAUCCUCCCGCCGCUCGGUGUCUUCUUCAAGUUCGGCUGCGGGGUUGAAUUCUGGAUCUGCCUCAUCCUCACCUUCUUCGGCUACCUCCCCGGCAUCAUCUACGCCGUCUGGGCCAUCACCAAGUAGCCUGCAGACGGAGGCUGUGUCCCCUGCCAUUCAGCUCGCCUCUUCAAGGCGAUGAGCUGAUGAUGAUGGGGGACGUGGUGCGUGUGGUGACUCCGGCCGUCGCGCGCCCGCUGUGAAAUAUGGUGUCGAUUUGAGAUGUGAUUCCUUCCUUUUCUUUGUUAGUUGCUGCUGCUGGUGUCCCCCGUCUCCAAUCCCUUUUCCAUGGGGAUUUGAGAUGUGCCUCCUCAGCUGCGUCGUCCGAUCCAGUUCCUCUGCACAUUCGAUCUCCUCCAUGUACUGCUUCGAUUGAUGCUGGAUUAUUAAUUCCUAGUUGUUUGUUUAACCAGUUCGUCUUCUUUUUUUUUACCUUCGAUUGUGUAUUUGUUCGGUUACAUACUAAGAGUAUCUUCAUCAGAUCA